AUGGACCCCUCACACUCCGGCUUCUACGUCGGCGGCACUCCCAUGAUGAAUGCCCAGCCGCCGCGCAUCUUUGGCAGCGGCACCUUUGACGCCUCGCAAAUGCCCUCUGGCAGCAUGUUUGCUCACGACGACUUGGACGACCACAAUGAUGGAAGCGAUGCCAAACGGCGCCGGAUCGCACGGGCAUGCGACAUGUGUCGCAAAAAGAAGAUCAAGUGUGAUGGCAAGAUGCCUUCGUGUACACAUUGCCAAAACUACAAGACCGAGUGCAUAUUCACCCAGGUCGAGAAGAAGCGACAGCCGCCAAAGGGCGCCAAGUACAUCGAGGGUCUCGAGAACCGCCUCGCCCGCAUGGAGUCGCUCAUGCGCCUCUCCGGUGUCCUCCCCGAAGACGACGAUGGCAGCACAGACCUGGCCACGCUCGAGAAGCGGCUCGAGGCACGCGCCGGACGGUCGGCUACCCCCAGAACAAGCAGCAUUCACGAGCGGAGACCCUCCGUAGCACCCCACUCCGCCCCAUCAACGGCCGACGAUGCGCCCACACAGCCAGCCCUACCCAGCCCUACGAGUGGAACAACUUCUCCCAGUCCCGACGACCAACCUACCGAGCCAAAGGACAAGGACGAGGACGCCCUGGCCGAGAUGAUGUGCUCCUUGGUCACAAACAACUGCGGCGAGACAAGAUAUAUCGGUUCCUCGUCUGGCUUCUCCAUAUUCUCGCCCAAGGGUAUCCAAUGGGUCAACGACAAGACGGGCGACAACUCGUUCCGUGACAUGAUCUCUACAGCUGCUGUCGAGGACAACAAGUGGAUACAAUGGCGACCAGAUGUCUUCCAGGACAUCUUCAAACGGCGCGUCUAUAAGCAGUUACCACCCAAGCACGAAGCCAUGUCCCUGCUCAAGGAUUAUUUUGAAAACUUCAACUGCAUGUUCCCUCUAUUUCACGAACCCACCUUCAUGCAUCUAGUCGACAAACAUUACUCCAAAGACCCCUACGAAGGCUCCGGCUGGUGGGCAAGUUUGAACGUAGCCUUGGCUUUCGCUCAUCGACUACGCGUCAUGAGCAAUCUCGUGCCUGCAGAGGAGGACGAAAAGGCUUGGCAGUAUCUGAAGAACGCAAUGAGCGUCAUGGUCGAGCUCACUAUGCGCAACACUGACUUGCUCAGCGUGCAAGCUUUGUUAGGGGUGGGUCUCUUCUUGCUGGGAACACCCAAUCCCCAACCCACAUAUUUCUUCGUCGCGACUGCUAUGCGGCUAGCACACAGCAUUGGUCUCCAUAAGAAGGGCGCCAAUUUCAGCCUCAACGCCGCAGAAGUUGAGCAGCGAAGACGUGUCUUCUGGAUUGCCUACAUGCUUGACAAAGACAUCUGUCUGCGUUCUGGUAGACCCCCAGUCCAAGAUGAUGAUGACAUGAAUGUCGAGCUGCCAAGCGAGACGCCACCCGAUAAUAUCGGCAAUAUCCCACUCGCUGACGGCAAGGGCACCAUGAACCUCUUCCGUCUCAUGUGCACCUUUGCCGUUAUCCAAAGCAAGGUCUACAAGGGCCUGUACUCAGUCAAGGCGUCCAAGCAAACCGACGGCGAACUUCUUAACACCAUUGGCGAGUUGGACAAGGAACUCGAAGCCUGGAAAGACGGCAUACCCCUCGAGUUCCGCCCAGAACAUGACAUCAAAGCAUCACACACGCCCCUCAUCCUCCAGGUUGCCGUGCUACACCUCGGCUAUUACAACUGCUUAACUACUAUCCAUCGUAUGAGUGUCCACCACGGAUAUUGGACCAGCCGACUCUCAAACUUUGCCAUUCAAGGUUUGAAUGCACGACCCCUGAACCCCAGGGUCUUCAUGUCGGCCCAGCUCUGUGUGCAGGCUGCUCGUGCGUCCAUUCACUUGCUCAAGUACAUACCAAAGGGCGACUUGUCAUGUGUUUGGCUAGUGAUAUACUUCCCCGUCACAGCACUCGUCACGCUCUUUGCAAAUAUUCUCCAGAAUCCACAGGAUACCCGGUCGCGAUCCGAUCUCAAACUUAUGAAGUUGGUCGUCAACUUCUUAAAUAUGCUCAAUGACGAACAAGGGAGUGGCAGCGUGAAGCGCAUGUGUACUGUUUGCGCCGAAUUUGAGCGAAUUGCAGCCACGGUGUUGGAAAAAGCUGAUCGCGAACAUGCAUCGCGGCGGAAGAGAAAGCAAGGCGACAGCGAACAAGACGCACAGAUUGAAGCGACCGCUGCCGAGUUACUCUCAACUGGCCGUAACAAUCACUCAUCACCGCAGCAGGCAGCUACACCGCAAAACACUAAUGCAUCCGAGGGCUUGAUCUUCAACCCAGACUUCCACGGCUUCAAUGAGCCAUUUCCCUUCUCGCCAAACUUUACCCAUGCAUCAUUGCAGCCCAACGUCCAAAUGAGCCAGUAUGGCUCACCUGGCAUUACCGCACAAAUGCUACAACAGGGGCAAAGUCUACCCAUGACAAAUAGUGGUGACGUGAGCGGCAUAAGUUCCAGCAUCAAUGCAAUGGCUGCCAUGGGUCAGUUUGAACAGAACUUUAACAACGUUCCGCAAGAUUUAUGGAAAAUGCCUAUGACACUUGAAUGGGAUUGGGCAGAUAUGACCGGCGGCUUCUCGAGUUACGAGGACGGUAUAAGCACGAAUGGUGUUCUUCCAGACUUUGCAAACAACACUGGCCAUGGAACGAGCGAAUUCAACCAAAGUGCCAUGAACGGCGGACGCCGAUGA